GGUCUACGCGCGCGCUCGUUCCGUAGCUUUCCUUCUUUCUUUGCUUGUUUUUUUGCGCUUUUCGGGGUUAGUUGAACUUUCACAAUACUGCAAACUAAAGGUGCUGGCUGACAGAGCUCUAGGAAACCGGAUAAAAUUGGAGCCAGACCUGAAUCGCCGAGGACUGGAAAAAGCCCUUCAAAGAAUGGAAGCCCGCAGUAGGGACUGCUGGUUGUAAACCGGAAUCCCAGGCCAGUGUAUUCGUGCACAGCAGUUCUAGAUUCUCAGGAGUUUAAAUUUUUCCAGUAGUGGACCACUGAGGAGGACUGAUCAGAUCUUACAUUUCUGAAACCAUGAUCUGUUUUCAGGAAUUAGUGACAUUUGGAGAUGUGGCCAUCGACUUUUCUCGACAGGAGUGGGAAUACCUGGACCUUAGACAGAGGGACUUGUAUAGGGAUGUGAUGCUGGAGAACUACAGGAACCUUGUGUCUCUGGGACAUUCCAUUUCUAAGCCAGAUGUUAUUGAUUUAUUGGAACAAGGAAAAGAACCCUGGACAGAUUUGGAUUUACAGUAUAAGAUAAUCAGCUAUCUAAAAAUGCCCGCUUAUGAACAGGAUAAGUCUUCCACGCAACACCAGAACGUAUAUACCAGAGAGAAACUGUAUAAAUGUACAAGAUGUCAGAAAAAAUUUAGUAGUGGCCAUCAACUUAUUCUGCAUCACAGAUUUCAUAUCGAGAGACCCUAUGAGUGCAAAGAGUGCGGGAAGAACUGUCGCAGUGGCUAUCAACUGACACUGCAUAAGAGAGUUCAUGCUGGUGAGAAGCCCUAUGAAUGUACAGAAUGUGGGAAGACCUUUAAAAGUGGCUAUCAACUUACUGUACAUCAGAGAUCUCAUACUGGUGAGAAAACCUAUGAAUGUCAAGAAUGUGGCAAGGCCUUUAUUUAUUCCUCACAUAUCAUUCAACAUGAGCGAAUUCACACUGGUGCGAAGCCUUAUGAAUGUCAGGGAUGUGGGAAAGCCUUUAGUCAAGUCGGCCACCUUAGAAAUCACCAGAGAAUUCAUACUUGUGAAAAACCCUAUAAAUGUAAGGAGUGUGGGAAGGCUUUUAGUAGGUGCUCCAAUCUUGUUGAACAUAGGCAAAUUCAUAUUAAUGAGAAACCAUAUGUGUGUGAGAAAUGUGGGAAGGCUUUUAGAAGAGAUCAUCAGCUUAUUGUACAUCAGAGUAUUCACACUGGCAAAAAACCAUAUGAAUGUAAAGAAUGUGGGAAAGGCUACAACACUGCCUCAUACCUUAUUCUACAUCAGGAAAUUCAUAAAGGCGGGAAACCAUAUGAAUGCAAGGAGUGUAAAAAAACUUUCAUUUUAUAUAAGAAUCUUGUUCGACAUCAGAGUCUUCAUACUGGUGACAAACUUGAAUGUAGGCAGUGUGGAAAGAUCUGUACAACUGGCUCAAAACUUUUUCAACAUCAGAAAACUCAUACUGAUGAGAAACCCUAUGAAUGUAAGGAAUGUGGGAAGGCCUUUAGCUUGCAUGCAUACCUCAGACAACAUCAGAAAAUUCAUCUUGGUUUGAAAUGCUUUGAAUGUGACAGAUGUAAAAAAACCUUUAGUUCAUACAGGAAUCUUACCCGUCAUCAAAAUAUUCAUACUGGUAUGAAACUUUUUGAAUGUCAGGAAUGUGGAAGGACCUAUACUACUCGCUCAAACCUUGUUCAGCAUCAGAAAACUCAUACUGGUGAGAAACCCUAUAAAUGUAAGGAAUGUGGGAAGGCCUUUAGCUUGCAUGGUUACCUCAGUCAACACCAGAAAAUCCAUCUUGGUAUGAAACGCUUUGAAUGUAAGGACUGUAAGAAAUCCUUUACUUUGUAUAGGAAUCUUACCCGUCAUCAGAAUAUUCAUACUGGUAAGAAACUUUUUAUAUGUCAGGAAUGUGGAAGGGCAUAUACUACUCGCUCAAACCUUGUUCAACAUCAGAAAACUCAUACUGGGGAGAAACCCUACGAAUGUAAGGAAUGUGGGAAGGCCUUUAGUUUGCAUGGCUAUCUUAAUCAGCACCAGAGAAUCCAUACUGGUGUGAAACCCUAUGAAUGUAAGAUAUGCAGGAAGACCUUUACUUUCUGUAGAAAUCUUACUCUACAUCAGAGUAUUCAUACUGAUGCGAAACCUUUUGAAUGUAAAGAAUGUGGGAAGACCUUUAGACGUAGUUCACACCUCAUGGCACAUCAGAAUAUUCAUGCUGAUAAGAAACCCUAUGAAUGUAAAGAAUGUGGCAAGGCCUUUAAAAUGUGUGGAUACCUGACACAACAUCAGAAAAUUCAUACUGGUAGAAAACCUCAUGAAUGUAAGGAAUGUGGGAAGGCCUUUAUUCGCUCUUCAAACCUUGUUCAACAUGAAAGAAUUCAUACUGGUGAGAAACCCUAUGCUUGUGAGCAAUGUGGGAAAACCUUUAGAUAUGGUUCAGCCCUUAAAGCACAUCAGAUGAUGCACACUGGUGAAAAGCCUUAUAAAUGUAAGGAAUGUGGUAAAGCCUUUAGUCGUCCUUCAGACCUUAGAGUACAUCAGAGAAUUCACACUGGUGAGAAGCCCUAUCGAUGUGAAGAGUGUGGAAAGGCCUUUAGUCGGGGUUCACACCUGACUCAACAUGAAAAAGUUCAUACUGGAGAGAAAUCCUAUGUAUGUCAUCAAUGUGGGAAGGCCUUUAGUGAAGUUGGAAGACUGAGAAUACAUCAAAGAAUUCAUACUGGUGAGAAACCCUAUGAAUGUAGGGAAUGUGGGAAGGCCUUCAGUCAAGCCUCAAACCUAGUACAACAUGCUAGAAUUCAUACUGGUGAAAAACCCUAUGAAUGUAAAGAAUGUGGGAAGGCCUUUAGUCACCCCUCACAUCUCAUUCGACAUGACAGAACUCAUACUGGUGAGAAACCCUAUGAAUGUGAAGAGUGUGGGAGAGCUUUUAGCAGUAGCCACCAACGUACUAUACACCAUAGACUUCAUACUGGUGAGAAACCCUAUGAAUGUAAAGAAUGUGGGAAAGCCUUUUGUGUCUAUGGACGACUUACUCAACACCAGAGUAUCCACAGUGGUGAGAAACCCUUUCAAUGUAGCAAAUGCAAGAGAUCCUUUAGGCUCAGUUCAGGCCUUAAAGUACAUGAGAGUAUUCAUACUGGUGAGAAACCCUUCGAAUGUAACAAAUGUGGAAAGUCCUUUAGGUUAAGUUCAACCCUUAAAGUACAUCAGAGAAUUCAUACUGGUGAGAAACCCUAUGAAUGUAAACAAUGUGGAAAAGCCUUUAAUCGUGCAUCCAACCUGCUACAGCAUCAGAAAAUUCACACUGGUGAAAAACCUUAUAAAUGUGAGGAAUGUGGGAUGACCUUUAGUCGUAAUAUAGAUCUUAGAGUUCAUCAGAGAAUUCAUACUGGUGAGAAACCCUAUCAAUGUAAAGAGUGUGGAAAGGCCUUUAGUCGUGCCUCAUACCUAACUCAACAUAGAAAAGUUCAUACUGGUGAGAAAUCCUAUGUAUGCCAUGAAUGUGGGAAGGCCUUUAGUAAAGGUGGAAAACUUAAAAUACAUCAAAGAAUUCAUACUGGUGAGAAACCCUAUGAAUGUAAGGCAUGUGGAAAGACCUUUAGUCAGGCCUCUCACCUUGUGCAGCAUGACAGAAUUCAUACUGGUGAAAAACCCUAUGAAUGCCAUGAAUGUGGAAUGACCUUUAGUCGUGGAAUAGAUCUUAGAGUACAUCAUAGAAUUCAUACGGGUGAGAAACCUUGUAAAUGUAAAGAAUGUGGGAAAGCCUUUAGUUGUACCUCAAAUCUUGUUCAACAUGAGAGAAUUCAUACUGGCAAGAAGCCUUAUGAGUGUGAAGAAUGUGGAAUGACUUUUAGUCGUAUUUAUCAACUCAUUCCUCAUCAGAGAAUGCACACUGGUGUGAAACCCUUUGAAUGUAAAGAAUGUGGGAAGGCCUUCAGUCGUGCCUCAGCACUUAUUCAACAUGAGAGAAUGCAUACUGGUGAGAAGCCCUAUAAAUGUAAAGAAUGUGGAAAGGCCUUUAUUCAUGGUGGUAGCCUUAAGAUACACCAGAAAAUUCACACUGGUGAAAAACCCUAUAUGUGUAAAGAAUGUGGGAAGGCCUUUGGUCGUACCUCAGAUCUUGUUAGGCAUGAAAGAAUCCAUACUGGUGAAAAACCCUAUAAAUGUCAGGAAUGUUGGAGGGCCUUUGGUCAUAUUGAAAGCCUUCGAAUGCAUCACAGACUUCAUACUGGUGAGAAACCCUAUGAAUGUAAGGAAUGUGGAAAGGCUUUUAAGAGUAGCCAUCAACUUACUGUACAUAAAAGAAUCCACACUGGUGAAAAACCCUAUGAAUGUAAGGAAUGUGGGAAGACCUUUAGUGUAUAUACACGACUUACUCGACAUCAGAGUAUUCACAGUGGUGAGAAGCCUUUUCAGUGUAACAAAUGUGGGAAAUUCUUUAGGCUUAAUUCAAGUCUUAAAGUACAUCAAAGAAUUCAUACUAGGGAAAAACUUUACCAAUGAAAAAGAUUUGGAAAGUUCCACAUAUAAUAGGUAAUAUACAGCUCAUUGAUGUAUUUAUAACAUUGGUAAAGAAUUUGAAUGUGAUGCUUUUAAAUAUGGUUCAGUUCUUAUAAGACAUUAGUUUACAUUGUAAAAACUCCACAGAUUAUACAUUAUAUUUAGAGUUGUUAUGAU